GUCCGUUGGGUCUGCGUUAGCUAAGUGUUUUGAUUCUACCGUCAAUUCGGUCAUUUGUACUUGCGUCAAUAACAAAUAUUUUUGACUCAACUUUGUUCAUAAUUUUCGUUUUAAAUAGAACACAGGAUAGCUCAAUUUGUUUUUCCCAAUUGACAAACACUAUGAAUUUGAAAAAUUCCAAGUUUUACAAAAGAAUUCAGGAGCUGCGCAAUUUCUCAAAAGAGAAAAUACGAAAGGAUCGAGAGCAACGGGGCCUGCGCACCCCAGUCAUACGUGGCGUGGAAAUGGCCUUGUCCGAGUCCAAAUGCGUGGCGCCCGUCAUUGAAUUGGAAUGGUCCCAGCUGGCGGGCCCCCUGACGGAGACCUGUUCGCCGCGCCGACACCCCUCCCCGCCCAAGGUCAAACACAGCAAGAAGAAGGCAGGCGCGGUGGCACAGCCACGCCUGAAGGGCGGACAAGGAUUUCAGCCGGUCAAGACAAUCGGCUUGAAUGACCAGGUGCCAGUCGAGGGCUAUAUAGAUCUGAACCAUUUGCGGUUUCGUGUGGCCUGCACAGCCCGAACAGAUACCUCUCCACGACGCGAGGAAAUUCUGAAAGUUUGUGAUUCAAAGAACGCAAUUUGUGUAUCAAAUUCGCGUUACGCGAUGAUCGGUCGCAUCUCCAAAUCUUUGGGUUAUAAAUUGGUCAAGGAGUCGAAAUUGUGGAAUAUCCUGUGGUCUGAUUCGUUUCCCGGCGUCGAGCUCUUCAAGAACAUGAAACGCUUUCAGCAGAUCAAUCAUUUUCCGGGCAUGAUCGAAAUAUGUCGCAAGGAUCUGCUCUCACGUAACCUAAAUCGCAUGCUCAAACUGUAUCCACACGACUACAAAAUAUUUCCAAAAACCUGGAUGUUACCCGCUGAUUAUGGCGACGCAAUGCACUACGCUCAGAAUCACAAGCGCACGUUCAUUUUGAAACCGGAUUCAGGCGCUCAGGGCCGCGGCAUUUGGUUGACCAACGAUCUGAAGACCAUUGGCCCCAACGAGCGCCUCAUCUGUCAGACCUAUAUACAUCGACCGCUGCUCAUCGAUGGCUACAAAUUCGAUUUGCGCGUUUACACUUUGAUUACGUCCGUGGACCCAUUACGGCUUUACGUCUACAAUGAGGGUCUGGCACGGUUCGCCACCAACAAAUAUGUGGAGCCCACUCCGGGCAAUGCCCACGAUCUGUACAUGCAUCUGACCAACUACUCGGUGAACAAACGCAACUCCCAGUACGAUCUGUGCGACAAUGACGAUUGCGGCAGCAAACGGAAGCUGAGCGCCAUUAACAAUUGGAUGAGCAGGCACAACUAUGACGUGGGCGAGUUCUGGUCGAAUGUGGACGACGUCAUCAUCAAGACCGUGCUGAGCGCGUGGCCGGUGCUCAAGCACAACUACCAUGCCUGCUUUCCGGGCCACGAUACCAUACAGGCCUGCUUCGAGAUACUCGGCUUCGACAUUCUGGUGGACUGGAAGCUGAAGCCGUACAUACUGGAGGUGAAUCAUUCGCCCAGCUUUCACACCAACGAGCAGGUCGACCGUGAGGUCAAGAGGCCACUCAUCAGGGAUACCUUAUCUCUGGUCAGCACCGUGCUGGCGGAUAAGAAGCAGAUUUUGCGAGAGGAUCGCAAACGCGUCAAGCAGCGCCUGCUCAAGUCCAAGAGCGACGUGCAACGCUCACGCCUUGUGGCAGGCGCUACCAAGGGUUUGCCCAACAAGGAAGGUAGUCCUACGAACAAGGAGCAGUCACCAGAGCCAGAGGCCGAUUCCCUGGCCCAGCAAAUUGCCUGGGAGGAGAGUCACAUGGGGAACUUUCGUCGCAUCAUGCCACCACCAGAUCCCAGUCGAAUCAACUACUACGGCAAGUUCUUUGGCCAGACCAAUCUGGUGUCCAUUUUCCAGGAGACGGCGGCCAGCAAGAAGCGCGAGGAUCUCGCACGUAAGAUGCGCCUCCAGAUCGAGGAAAAGAAGGCGAAACAGGAGCAAAUGCUGAACUCUCGCAGCAAGCGCAAACGUUUGAUUCAGCCCCGUAUAGCGCGCGAGAAGCAUCGCCUGAAUCUCUUCCGUCUGAAGGAGAACUGGGCACCCGGCUUUAUAUCCGAGGCUGAGGAGCGCUUGCGGAAUACCUGGCAACAGAUGCGCACCGAUGCUAUAAAGAAUCUAAAAAUUACAGAGAACAUAUACUCACUGCUCUUCCAGUUUGGUCAUUUGAGCAAUACAGAUAUAUCGACGUUUCCAAAUUUGUAUCACUAUUUGCAAUGUGGUUAUGAUAUAACGGGAGCUACGGGAGCUACGUGAGCGUUGGCCUAGAAGAGGACUGGUGGGGCAGUUGAGAUAGAAGCGAUGUACAGUCUAAAUAUAUAGUGCAUAAAAUCAAAAAACCCCAUUCAAAUCAACAGACAAGAUCGAGGUCUAUUUCAAUUUGGUGGUCGCAGAUGAGCUUGGCUCUGCAAAAA